UCUGUCAAUGUCAAACAGCUGAUAAUUAUUAUGUAUAGCAAAAAAUAAUUAGUUUGUCAGGGUUAUUAGCCGGCUUUGGACUUGUUAUUUCUUAUUGUAUUUUUAUUAGCGCAUCACUCUAUCAGUGUGAUGUAAUAAAGGUCUUGAACUGUCGUUCAUUCACCAACAUAUCAGUUAAAAAUAAUAUAAUUAAUUCAUCUGGCUGGGAUAUUAAAGGCUUACAAGAUGGUAAAAGCGGUGGCUGUGAUCACUAUCAGCGACACAUGUUUCAAAGACAACUCCAAAGACACAUCAGGGCCUGCACUAGCAGAUUAUGUGAAGGAAUUAUUUCCUGAGGCGAAUCUCCACACUAUCAUCAUUCCAGACGAAAGAGAAAUCAUAGAAAGGGAGCUCAAAUACUUUUGUGAAACAAAUCUAGAUCUAGUGCUGACUACAGGAGGGACAGGAUUGACCCCUAGAGAUGUCACCCCUGAGGCAACCAAAGCUAUUAUACAGAGGGAAGUGCCAGGAAUCACUACAGCAAUAACACUAGCAAGUUUGAAGAAGACACCAAUGGCCCAGCUGUCUAGAGCUGUUGCUGGUGUCAGAGACAAAACUCUCAUUAUUAACUUCCCUGGCAGUAAGAAAGCGGUCACUGAAUGUUUUGAGGUAGUGAAGCCUAUCUUGCCUCAUGCCAUAUCCUUGAUACAUAAUGAAGUAGCUGAAGUCAGCUACAUCCACAACAACAUGCAGUUCAACCACACUUGUAAACACAGCAGCAAUGUAGACAUAUCUAAGGUGGCCUUAAGACCUAGGGAGUCUCCAUUCCCCAUGGUGGAAAUGGCAGAAGCUUGGAAGAUGAUUGAUGAUGUGAUGUCUGAGUGGACGGAAAGACUGGAGAUAGUGACUAUUGAAGAGGGACUGGGCAGAGUUGUGGCACAAACACUGCAUGCUAAGGAACCUUUGCCACCAUUCCCUGCAUCUGUUAAAGAUGGAUACGCGUGUCUCAGUAUAGACGGCGCUGGAGUGCGUCGCGUACGCACCGCGGUGACUGCAGGGGAUGCGCCCACUGCGCCGCUGUGCGCUGGCGAGUGCGCUCGAGUCAACACUGGCGCCGCACUACCCGCGGGAGCUGAUUGUGUUGUACAGGUGGAGGACACGAAGCUAGUAUCAGCAUCUGAAGACGGACAGACGGAGCUGGAGGUCGAGAUCCUGAAGGCGCCCGAACCACAGCAAGAUGUGAGGAGUGUCGGCUUCGAUAUCCCAAUGGGAACGGUACUCGUUGACAAAGGCCAAAUAUUGGACUCAGCUAAAAUAGGAAUACUUGCUGGCGCUGGAUAUCAAAAUGUUACCGUGCGGGUACCUCCUAAGGUGGCGUUACUAUCGACCGGUAAUGAGCUGCAAGAGCCGUCGGAAGUGAAACUCAAGCCGGCGCACAUCCGUGACUCGAACAGGACCAUGCUCCGAGUAUUACUCAAAGAGCACGGCUACGACAGCAUAGACUGCGGCAUAGCGCGCGACUCCCCGCCGGAGAUCGUGGCCGCCGUCGCCGCCGCCCUCAAGCUGGCUGACGUGCUCGUCUGCACCGGAGGAGUCUCCCUGGGGGAGAAGGAUCUGCUCAAACCUGUACUACUCAAGGAUUUCAACGCUACCCUGCACUACGGACGCGUGCGCAUGAAGCCCGGUAAGCCGUGCACCUUCGCCACCUGCGAGUUCGAGGGCAAGAAGAAAUACAUCUUUGCGCUACCCGGCAACCCUGUGUCUGCGUACGUGUGCGCGCUAGUGUUCGUGGUGCGUGCGCUGCGCGUGUGUGUGGGUGCGCGGUCCGCGUGGCCGCGCCUGCGCGUGCGGCUGGCGGCGGGCGCGCAGCUGGACGCGCGCCCCGAGUACGCGCGCGCCUACCUCGAGCUACACGCUGACAGGGACAUGCCCUACGCCACCAUGCUGGGCAGCCAGUGCAGCAGUCGGUUACUGAGUGCGUGCGGAGCUAACAUCCUGCUGGAGCUGCCGGCGGCGACGCCGUCCCUGCAGCGACUGCCCGCCGGAGCCAUCGUACCCGCCCUUGUCACCGGCAGGCUCGACAUCCACUCAUAGAAUUAGCUUUACUGUUAUCAACUUUAUUGCCACUAGAUAAUAUUCUCUUUUCAGUAAAUAAUACCUUAUUGUCACGCAAAAUUCAACCUUAGGUAGCCCGCG